AUGCGAGCUCGUUCUUCAGUAUCGAUGUUUCACUGGCAGGAGCUACUGUAAUCACCCAUCGUGCAUUUUGGCGGGAGGACGCAAUCACCACAGCUCCUCAAAAAAAUUUCAAAAAAAUAGUUUUUUUAUUUAUUUUUUUGAACUUUGAUAUUCGUGAUUAGCGUUUUUGAUAGAUCGGUAAUUUUUUUCUUACUUUUUUUAAAUGAAUUGGUUAGAUAAAAUUUUUAUUUAUGAUUGCAAGCGCUUACAUUUAUGUGCUUAAACACGAAAAUGUUUUUGUUUUCAGUUUUUGACGCGAAAAUUUAAAAAAAGUUCAUGCCGUGUUCAAAGUGAUUUCUCUAAAUUCAAAAUAGCUGUCAGAGAGUGAAAAAGAAACUAAAUUUUAGAGAUUUUGAAAUAUUCUUCAAUUACACGGAAGUUAUUUAAAAUAAGGCAUAAUCUUGUCACUUCUAACUGUAUAUUUUUCAGCGAAUGUGCCGGAUAGCAGUAUGAAAAAAAGCUUACUACUUGUUUUUCUUCAUUUUUUUAGCUUAUUAUGCGCCCUUUCUCCACAUCCGAGACUUCUGCUGAUAUCGUUCGAUGGAUUUAGGCACGAUUUGUUAAAUAAAACAUUCGUAAGAAAUUUAUCAGGAAAAUAGGAAACAAAAAAAUUUCAGGUACCAAAUAUCGCCGCGUGGGCUUCUCGAGGCACUUGGUUCACGUCCGGCGUAAAAUCCCAGUACAUCACUUUCACAGUUCCAAAUCACAUGAGCAUGGCGACAGGUAUUUCUUCCCUUCAUAUUACAAUGGAAUUGAGGGGUUCAUUUAAGGUCGUUACGAGGAAAACCACGGAAUCGUUUCGAACUUUUUUUACGAUACAGGGUCGAAUAAAUUGUAAUGCAACGCCUAUCUAACAUUUUCUAACUGCUGCAUUUUUUCAGUUUUGAUUAUUUCAACUAUACGAAAGUGGACUCUGCUAAAGAAUCACGGUCAGAAUUUUGGUACUCUGCUGAUCCCAUAUGGCUCACUAAUGAACGGUUUAUUUUCAGUGAAAAAAAAUAAUCUUUUCUGAUAUAGGGCUUCGAGUACUCGGUUUUCAUCGGUGUUCUAUUGGCCCGCAGGUGACUCUUCUUUCCCUCUUCCUCCACACAAACCAACUUUUUCUAAGUGCGUCGAAUUUUAAAUGCAUUUCGGAGCAGCAACGUUUCAGAAGCUGGAAAGAGCGCGGCGUGCUGAAGGAUUGGAUGAGAGACUGCGACGACGUCUUGGAGCAGUUGACCCGAGAAGAGAAACCUUCAAACUUUGUCAUAUGGUGAGGCUUCCAACUAAAAGCUAAGGAGCACGCUUCUCAGGUACAUUGCCGAACCAGAUUCUACCCUCCAUAUGAACGGCUUCUUCAAUGGAGAGCUGAAAAAGGUGCUCAAGCAUCUAGAUGAAGUCUUUCGCUACUUCCUGAAAAGGUUUAAAUACCUUUCUAGAUUUUUUAUACCUUUUGCAGGAGUUGUAGUGUUAGAGAUUUUCGUUUUUUACAGACUCGAAGAUUUGGACCUUGAAGACAAAGUUAACGUGAUUUUGACGGCUGAUCAUGGACAUGCAGAGGUUUGAGAAAAUUGCGAACGUCGUUCAAAUCUUGUUAAGAUUAAAGAUGAGAAGCACGUCAUGUGUCUGCGAGAUUUCAUCCACGGCGACGAUUUUGUCUUGACCGACCACAUGAUUUAUCCCAAAAACUCCCAACAUGCCCAGUUAGUACUUCUCUCCAUUUUUUCUGGCUUUUUUAAAAUCCUAAGCAAAUGUUUAUGGAUUAUCAAGAACUUUAUAACAUAAAUGUUUCAACUUAUACUACUUUGCUCGAAAAAAUUAUCUUUGUAGGGAACUUGUCAAGAAUUUGACUGAUGCCGUAGAAAAGCACGAUUUCAAGGUCAACAUACACUGGAAGGAGGUAAGAAGGUCAUUCGAAAUCUUUGCGAAACAAAAGCUUGCAGAAUUUCCCAGCCAUGUACCACUAUAAGAACACUUCCCGUGUGGGGCAGAUAAUUCUGGAGCCGCAGGUUUGUUUUUUUAUUUCUAGUUUCGUAAAACGGUCAGAGUGAGUGAAAAGAAGGCAUUUUUUUAAAUUCAUUCAUUCAACAAGUUUAUGAAUAUACGGAUAUCCCUUUGAACUUUCCCAAGUAUCUAUAAAAAAGUUCUUCUGAACUUUCACUAAUUUUCUGUGCGUUUUAAAGACGUAAAAAAAAAGUUUAAUAGGGGUUUUUGCACCAAAGUGAACUUAUAAUGAAUGGUCGGUAUUCUUUCGGAUUUAUAAAUUAUGUUUUCGAUAAACAAGAACGGCAUAAUUCUUAAUGGUUAAUUUCAGAUAGGGUCUUCCAUUUCUUUCAGUUGUUCUGCCGCAACCUUGGAAUCGUUAGUUUUUUUUACUAUCAAGUUUUAAGCAGAUUUUUGAUGCAGUACUUAUGGAAUCAACGGGACUGUGAGAUUCAACUCGUCGACUCAUGGAAUGGACCCCGAUAGACCAGAAAUGCGCGCGAUUCUGGCUAUGAACGGUCCACUUUUUGCUUCCAAAAUUGCAGUUAGUCUUUCAAAAUUCUUUUUAUUUUCAUUGUUUUGUUGGGAAGAUUCUGAAAAGAAAGUUUAGAAAGGUUAUUGAAGUCUGGGAUUUGGAGUUUUCUAUAAGUGAACUCAAACACAUAAAUGUAGGGAAACAUAGAAAAUACACGUUUGGAACUUCUAGUGAUGGAGAGAAGAAGACGCGAGGACGUGUCUUAUGUUAUCUUCAAAUAUACGCUAAAAUGAUCUUUUCAUUAAAAUUUUUUUUUUUUUUUGCGAGAGGCUGAUUUUUCGAAUAAAACCAUUUCCAUUAAGAUUGACGAAAUUCCCGAGAAUAUCGACCUUUACUUGUUGAUGUGUAAUGUACUCAACAUAACGCCCUCGCUCAACGACGGCUCCUUCGAGAUAAUUGGGAAGGCUUUGAGGGCCUACGAUCGGAGCAACGUGCGUCAUGGGACCGGCUAUUUGAUGGUUACGGUAGGGGCUCCGCAGAUCGUUGUGAGACCUCUGCCAUCUUUCCAGGACACGAUGGGAUUCUUAUUCGUUCUCGCGCCUUCGAUGUGCAUAGUUAUACUUUUUUUGGUGUAUGGUUGCCGCAGAACCGUUCUGAAGGUAGUUAUUCAAGAUACUUGUUGUUAAAAAGAAAGAAGUAGAAAAGAAUUAAUCAAUAGUUUAUUAAUAGGUCGGAAUUCUUCUUUUUUGGAUGGUCGUCAAAAAAAGCUCUUACUUGAUUUUUAAAAAAUAAGAUGAAAAUCAGUUCUUUGAGAAAUUCGAAAAAUUUCUUUUUCAACAGGUUUUUUUCUAUAAAUUUUGAGUUGAAAACUGAAAUUGGAGGGCGACAUUUCCUGGGGAAGAACGGACGCCGUGCAAGGCUAUCGUCCGCUUCAGAACGAGAGCGCAGCAGAUUUCGAUGUAGAAGAAAGCCGCGCCCCUUCGAACAACCGUUUCUCCAACCUCGGACAGGUUUCCUCACUAUCCAAACCAUGUCUAACAUCUGUUUCAGAUUAACUCCGGCGCGGUUUCCAUGUCAGGGCUUCUCGAUGAAAUGAGCGACGACGAGUUGUAG